GUGCCUAGUAGUAUGGAUGGCACCACGUUGCUCCAGUCAUGAUUUCAACUGUCGUCAUGAUCCUCCAAUGUCUCUUGGCUCUUUGAUGCCCGACAUAUCAAGACGUCGUAGGGUACCAGUAGUGUAGGUCUUCACAACAUCAGCACACCAGCACUUUAGACGACAGCAAGUCUGUAGAUGUCCAUAUCCCUAUUUACAUUCGCAUCAUAUCCAAGCACAUCCAGGUUUCUCGUACACUUAUAAAUAGAAUCACCAACUCAACACCCAAAGCACGCAACAUGUCUUCACUAUUCAGCAGCAACACCUUCAAUCCAGACAAGGACAUUCCCGAUCUAACUGGCAAGACAUACAUCGUCACAGGUGGUUCAGCAGGCAUAGGAUUCGGCAUAGCCGCGCACCUCCUCCAGCACAAUGCCAGUAGCAUCACCAUCCUCUCCAACAAAGAAGAACACGCCCAAUCCGCCAUCGAAGAACUAAAAGAAUACGGCGACACCAGCAAAGUCCACUGGACUAAAUGCGAUCUCGAAGACCUCAAAUUCACCGACAAAGUGGCCACUGAACUCGCCCAAUCCCACCAGAAGAUCGAUGGUCUCAUCCUCAAUGCGGGACUAGGCGUCGGCGUCUACAACGAAACAAAAGACCACCUAGACUCACACUUCCAAGUCAACCACCUCUCCCAAUUCCGGCUACUACUCAAACUCCUCCCCAAUCUCCAAGCAACACCUUACUCACGCAUCGUCUUCGAAUCCUCCGACCUCCACAGAGGCGCCACCGCCGACACCAAAUUCGAAUCCGAAACCGAAAUCAACCGAGACAUCGGCCCGACUAAGCUCUACAACCGCACCAAACUCGCCCAGAUCCUCAUCUGUCGCGCUCUCCAGCGCCGCAUCGAUAACCACCAAUUAGGUUUCACCUCAGGUACGAAAGUCUUCGUCAAUGCAGUCCACCCAGGCGGCGUCGAGACCGACCAGCCCAAACAGGCCGAGGAAGCCUACGGCACGCUCGGCGUAAUCGGCCAUAACCUAAUCAAGCCACUCAUGAAAGAUCCAGUCUCCCAGGGUUGUCGUCCCGCUCUGUACGCCACGACGAGCAAGGAGAUCGAGGAACAGGGCAUUUCGGGUCAGUAUAUCGUGCCUGACAAGAAGGUCACUUCACCUAGCAGUACCGCGCAGGACGACCAGCUCGGUGAACAACUGUGGAAUUUGAGCGAGCAGAUUCUCAAAGACCGCUUAGGAUGAGAGCUGGCGGAACAGUACCGCCAAGGACGACCAACUCGGUGAAAACCUGUGGAACCUGAGUGAGCAGAUCCUCAAGGAGCAGUUAGGAUAGGAGCUGGCCGAGCAGUACCGCAUAAAACGAGUAGCUCGGUGAGAAGCUGUGGAAUCUCAGUGAACAGAUUCUCAAGGAUCAAUUAGGAUAGAUCUUGAAAGAAUCCGACGAAACCGAACGAUGUGAUUUAUCUUAGCUAUAACUAUAAAGUAAUUCGUUAUGAUGAGUUGAUGACUACCUG